GUGCUCUCUUACAAUAAUCAAUUUCUUUAUUUCAUUUAAUAAACAACAUAAACUACUAUAAAUCCUACGUUAAUUAUAAUGUCUUGUACAAGAUUGAGGUGAAGAUGCCGGAGUACUGUGUAACUGGAGGAACUGGACUCAUUGCAGCUUACUUGAUCAAAUCUCUGCUGGAAAAGGGUCAUAUAGUAAGGACUACUGCUCGAGAUCCAGAAAACAUAGAGAAAGUAGGGUAUCUCCUGCAGCUGAAUGGAGCUAAAGAAAGGCUCAAGAUCAUGAGAGCUGAUUUGGUGGAGGAAGGGAGCUUCGACGCCGCCGUGGAGGGAGUUGACGGCGUGUUCCACGUGGCGUCUCCGGUGCUCGUGCCCUACGAUGACAAUGUAAAGGAAAAUUUGAUCGAUCCAUGCAUAAAUGGAACCUUAAACGUGCUAAGAUCCUGCAAGAAAGCUAGCAGUGUGAAAAGGGUUGUCUUGACCUCUUCUUGUUCUUCGAUCAGAUACAGAUUCGACGCAGAAGAAGCGUCGCCACUCAAUGAAUCUCAUUGGAGUGAUCCCGAAUAUUGCAAGAGACGCAGCCUGUGGUAUGGUUAUGCAAAAACUGUAGCAGAAAAAGAGGCGUGGAAUUUUGCUCAUGAAAAUGGAUUAGAUUUAGUAGUGGUGAAUCCAUCGUUUGUAAUUGGCCCUUUGCUUGCUCCUCAGCCAACUAGUACACUGCUACUUACAUUGGCUCUUGUUAAAGGUGUAAGGGGCGAAUUUCCGAACACGAGAGUAGGUUUCGUGCACAUAUAUGAUGUUGUGAAUGCACAUAUUUUAGCCAUGGAAAAAAGUGAAGCAUCAGGCAGAUUUAUAUGUUCAAGCACAGUGGCACACUGGUCAGAAAUCAUUCAAAUGUUGAGGGCCAAAUACCCUAAUUACCCUUACGAAAAUAAGUGUAGCAGUCAGAAUGGGGAUGAUAAUCCACAUAGUAUGGACUGUAGCAAGAUUAUUGAGCUGGGGCUUCCUCCUUUGAAAGCACUAGACCAAAUGUUUGAUGACUGCAUUACAAGUUUCCAAGAAAAAGGAUUUCUUUGAAAAACAAAACAUUAAAAUUACUCUUAUUUUUAUAUACUAGCAGAAAGAACGUACAUUGUACGUAUAAUUAAUGUUAUUUUAUUUGAUAAUUUAUUAUUUUAAAAUAUUUAUUCAUUCAUUA